AACUUUUGCGGUUUCGUCCACUUAUGGCUCAUUACCCCAGUGAUUUCCUUCGUAAUUCGGCAGCUCGGGUUCCGUCGCCGUCUCUCCAGUUUGUCUGGUUAAACAGCGUGCAGCCACUUUAACCAAUAUUCGAAUCAGAACGAAAAGUCAUCUACGAACAAACAGCAUCCUCAUCCUCCAAAAAUGAGCGACGAUGACGAUGACGACAACAAAACCAACAAUGCCCCGCCAAUUGAUUUCCACCAUCCAUACCAGCCCUAUGAUGUCCAGCUCCAGUUCAUGCGCACCGUGUACGACGUCCUCGAGAAGGGCAAUGGUCAAGUCGGCAUCCUAGAAAGCCCAACCGGCACCGGAAAAUCCCUCUCCCUAAUCUGCGCCUCGCUCACCUGGCUGCGCGCCCACAAGCGCGCUCGGUACGAGGCUUCGGUCGACGCGACCGCCGCCGCCAUGGCCGGCGAGCCGCAGUGGAUGGUCGAGGCAGCGCUGCGCCGCAGGCGGGAGGAGCUGGCGCGGCGGUGGGAGGACCGCGAGCGCGCGCUGGAGAGGGCGCGCGCAAGGGAGAGGGCCAUGGAGGUCCGCGGGAGGGAGCGGGCGGCUAAGAGGGCGAGGGUGGAUCAGCUUAAUGAGGGUGGUGGUAGGACAAGGAAGGAGAAGGAUGGGGAGGUAGAUGAGGAGAGGGAGUUUCUGGUUGGGGAUUGGGAUGGGGAUGGGGUGGGGGGUGAUGAUGACGGCCUGGGAGGGUUAAGUAAGGAGACCAGGGCGUUAUUGGAGAAGGUUGGACUCGGAGGUGGUUCUAGGAGGGAAGGUGAUAACGGCGGGGAGGAAGUAGAGGAUGAAGUCAAGGUUGGUUGUUGAGUUCUGGGCGUUCGAAGGGUGCGA